AUGAGCAACGAAGCGGUCUUUGAAACAAUUGAAGAGGUCAAUAAGCAUAUCUCACACGUCGAAGAGUCAACCUGUGUGAAAUAUAUUUCUUACCGUGUGGACAAGCGAUUCAAUGACCAAGGUUGGAAACCACAGGACCACAAGAACAGGCUAUACUGGGAAUGGAAGUACGGCAAGGGUACUCCCUCUAUCCCCUUUGACGGCAUACCCUUUGUGUUCAUCGGACACAAGCUAAUGGGAUGCCACAGGGGCCGGGCAAAGUGUGGAAUCAAGAAGAGGCAGGAGCUUGAGGAUCAAAGGGCAAAAGAUGGCAAGGAAAAAAGAAACCUGUUGCUGAAAACCAAGAAGGUAGCAUGCCCUGCUGUGUUCACUAUCAGCCGCAUUGUCAAGUUCCCCGGAUUCAAGGGUGCAGAUCAGAUGGACGACAGGGUCAAAGGUUACAUCCGAGCGUUGGUGCAGCAGGGGGUGAGGAAGGUGAAGGAGGUAAAGAACCAGAUGGUCCAGUACGUGCGGACGGAGCUGUUCCGAGACACGACCCCGCCGCCGCUGAGGCGCUUCUUCCCCACAGAGAAAACCAUCCAUGCCGUCAUGGCUCAGGUCAUUGCGGAGGAACACUACAGCAAAAUAGACCUGGUCAACCUGCUGACCUUGGCAGAGAAUUGGAAGGCGGAAGCUCCUAGAAUCAACUUCCUGCUUAGGGUUCAAUCAGAGAGCGAGAACCUGUUGCUCUGCUACCAGACGGACUGGCAGCGGCGGCUGCUUCGGCAGUAUGAGGACGCGCUUCCCCUGCCACUCUUCUUCCUGUGCGUGCGCACCAAUGUGAGCGUGGUGCCGGUGGGCCUGUUUGUGGUGCAGUCGAGGAACGCCGAAGCCUUGGGGGAGGCGCUGGGGGUGUUCAGGCAGUGGAACCGGGGCUGGAGCCCAGCCUACAUCCUCACUGAACACUGCCCUGUGGAGAUGAAGGCGGUGGAGGCAGCAUUCACAGGUGCUCAGGCAGUCUUCAGCGAUCACCUGCGGGAGAGGACCUGGACCAAGUGGCUGAGCAACCGGUCCCGAGCCAUCACCAACCAGGAGGGGAUCUUUGAUAUGAUGAAGGCCAUUGCUGGAUCCCUUACGAGAAAGCAACACCAGGAGGCAGUAGAACUACUACAGCAGAGCCCCAUCUGGUUGGAAAAGAGACAACUUUUCAAGAACUGGUUCACUAACAAGUGGCUGUCAGAGGAGAAGAGAUGGGCGAACGCUGUGAGGGUUGAUAUUGUCAACUUUGUGUCUAUGGUAAACGGAGGUCUGGAGAUGCAGAGCGACUUCUUCACACAUAAUAACAUGAAGGUCCAUAAAAAAGACACCCUGAGCCAAAUGCUGCAGUUUCUUGUUGACGACUACUUCCCACAGAUGCACCAAAGGUACACAGACCUCAACAGCCAGUCCUCUGGCGAGUACAGCCUCAACCCCACUGUGCCUCCGUUCCUGUGGCAUCGCCCUUGGAGUGUGGUGGCCCUGGUGAUGGACAACAUGUCUGCGGCCCUGCAAGACCCCGACAUCGUGGUGGAGCAGGCCAGCGACGCCGCCGACGGCACCUUCUGGGUGAAGAGUCGGGCAGAGACCACGGCAGCACGGUCCUACACGGUCAGCUUCGGUUCAGAGUCCACCUGGCCCUCCUGUGAGUGUGAGGUGUGGAGGGACCAGCGCCUGCCCUGUGAACACUUCUGUCACGUCUUCAGGUCUGAGCCUAACUGGACCUGGGAGCACCUGUGUCCCAAAUACAGGGACCACCCUCUGCUCAGGCUGCAUUCACAGACCACUCACACCACAACAGAGGAGAUAGAGGAAGCCCUCAAUGGUCUAAUGCAUCUCUCCCCAGCUUCCCCAGUCUCUCUUCAGUGGGAUGGGCCUGAAGAAACAGUGCCACUGGUGCAAACUCCUCAAACUCCACAGUUACAACUGCAUAGCAUACACACACAGUGGGUGGCCCCACAGGCUUCACAGGGCCUGCGGGAGAGGGAGGAACUGCAAAAGGAGGAACUGCAGAGGGAGUGUGUGGCCAAACUCAAAUCCAUCAUGGAGAAUGUGAGUGGGAUCAACGACAUUGACCACCUACAGGAGCUCAGGCAGAAACUGGACGUUCUCCAGGCUCAGAGUGAGGCCAUGGUGGUUCAGAAGGACGCCAGCGUCAAAACAGUUCUCACCUCGAAGGGGAAGAGAAAAAGGGCAGGGGUGGAGAUUAUCGUGGCCAUGCCCAAACGCAUCAAAGUGCUCUCCCGGGUUGAUGUAGAAAAUGUUCAGAAAUAGCUUUUUUCUAAAGAGGGAAAAUAAAGUACGGUAUUAAUCAGGUUGUCGCUCUUAUUUCUUGGGUGAUGUACAAAUAACUCUUUGUUAGGAUGUUAUCACGUUGUAUCCAGUUCUAGAAAGUGUUUGGAUGCUUGUUCACAAGGGUCAGCUUGAUGUAAGGCGCUGCGCACGAUCACAAACCUUUCCAUAACAAAUUAAUAAAUCAGUUAUAUUGCACAGUCCAGACUAUUUAGAAAUUAGCCAAGUAUCUCAACUCCACGCUUAUUUCUUCUGCGGAGUUGAGUGGAGCCUAGAGGUUUUGGAGUGAAGCUCCAACUUUCUUCGAGUCGCUGUACAAUCGAUACUUCAAAAUUGUAAAUUCUUAAACCCUUACCCUUACCGUGUACCUAUUUUUGUCCUCUCUGGCUUUCUUUGUUUGCUGAAAUCCAUACCUUUUAAAUAAAAAGUUAAUCGAAUACAACCAUU